UAUACACACACUCUCCAUUACAUGGAAUAUAUAGGAACAAGCCACAAACAAACAAUUAAUACUACUACUCCCACUACUAUAUAUUCCCACUAUUCUCAUGAGCAAAGCACCCAUUCACCUCUUACGUUCACAAGGCAAAAGAAUUAGUUGCCCUCCUAUAAUAAGAGACCAAGAAUGGGAGUUGGUAGAUAUGAAUAAGAAGAACCCAUUUAUAUUAAGGGUGUGGGGGGUUAAUAAGAGCCCCUUAAACUCCUUUGUGGGUCUCUUUGUUGCACUCUUUGUUAUACUUGUAGUCUCGCUAGUUACCACUACUAGUAGUAAUAGUAGUAGUAGUAAUACUAAUAAUAACACUGAGGAGAGCACGUGGCACGUGGAGGAGUCAUCAUGUGAUUAUUUUGUAGGGAAAUGGGUUUAUGAUAAUAAUAAUAACUCUACGUAUCCUUUGUAUGAGGAGAGGGGGUGUAAGUUCAUGUCGGAUCAAUUGGCUUGUGAGAAGUUUGGGAGGAGGGAUUUGAGGUUUCAACAAUGGAGGUGGCAACCCCAUGGGUGUGACAUCCCAAGGUUUAAUGCUACAAAGCUUCUUGAGAAACUGAGAGGAAAAAGACUAGCAUUUGUUGGUGACUCACUAAAUAGAAACCAGUGGGUUUCCAUGGUUUGCCUCAUUGAUACUUCCACACCACAAUCUCUCAAAACCAUGGAAUCCAAUGGCUCUCUCAUGUCAUUUAAAAUCAUGGAUUACAAUGCAUCGAUCGAUUUCUAUUGGUCGCCGUUGCUGGUGGAGUCGAACUCCGACGAUCCCGUCCAUCACCGGGUACCAGACAGGACCGUUCGGGCGCAAUCAAUCCAGAAGCAUGCGCGGCAUUGGACUGACGCUGAUGUUCUGGUGUUCAACUCUUACCUUUGGUGGCAAAGACCCAAGAUGAAGGUUUUGUGGGGAUCAUUCGACGACGAUGAUGGGAUCUAUAAAGAGAUCGAGAGCCUGCGCGGCUACGAGAUGGCACUCAAGACGUGGUCCGAUUGGCUCGAGUUCCACAUCGACCGCAGCAGGACCCGUCUGUUCUUCAUGAGCAUGUCACCCACCCAUUUUUGGGGAGAUGAGUGGGGAAUGGACAGUGAUCAGAACUGCUACAAUGAGACAGAGCCUAUCUUUGAACAAGGCUACAGAGGAAGAGGCUCUGAUAGUAAUAUGAUGAAUGUAGUAGAAAAAAUGAUUGAGGGGUUAAAAGAGAGAGGAGUAAGGGUUCAGGUAAUGAACAUUACUCAGCUUUCGGAGUAUCGGAAAGACGGCCACCCUUCGAUCUUCAGGAAGCAGUGGGAGCCGUUAACCGAAGAACAAAUCAAGAACCCGAGCAGCUACGCCGAUUGCAUACACUGGUGCCUACCCGGCGUUCCCGAUGUAUGGAACGAACUCUUGUACGCAUACAUUUCUUCGUGAACACACCGAUCGAAUCCCCUUUUUUGUUCUCUUCGAUUUUCGAUGCAUAUAUCCAGGCUCCAACUGAAGCCUGAAGUGUUUAUAAAGCUGAUACAGAGUUUUUGCACA